UGCUUUUUUCGAUUAUGCCCCUGAAGAACUCCUUGGAUCGGGUUUUUAUUUCAUGGAUCGUUCUGAAGUGUGAACGCACCGAUUUUUUUUUUCUCCAUCUGCGGGGCUGCCCAAUAAGAGGCCUCUACUGAUGAGUCAACUUUGUAUGCGGGAUUGCAAAAGGCUUUGCCGUUGACCCAAAGAGACUAAUUCAAACCCCCUCAGAAACCGCCGCGUUUUUUUUUCUUAUAUUUGUAUUUGACAUGUCAGACUUGCCUUCAUUAAGAAAAAAGAUCGAUUCUCUCGAUACAACUCUGGUCAAUAUUCUCAAUGAGCGUGCCCGGGUCUCGCUCGAUAUUGGCGCUGCCAAACGCCAAGCUGAUGAAAAGGUACAAUCACCUUCUGAAACUCAUGUAUAUAUGCCUGCCAGAGAAAAGGAGGUCUAUGCCAAGCUUGAACGUUUGAAUCGCGGCCCCUUGAAAAGUGAAGCGCUUCAUGCCAUCUUCCGCGAGAUCAUGUCAGCUUCGAUUGCCCUUCAAAAGGAUGUGUCUAUUGCUUACCUCGGACCUCCCGGUACUUUUUCACAUCAAGCAGCCUAUGAACGUUUGGGUGACAGUGUCAUCUAUGUGCCUCAAAAACAAAUUGCAGAUGUGUUUGAAGCGGUAGAAAAGGGUCGAGCUACUUAUGGUAUUGUACCUUUUGAGAAUUCAACGUACGGAACCGUGGUGGAGUCAUUGGACUGUUCCAUCCAUACACCUGUCAAAGUACGAGCAGAAACAUAUCUUCCUGUACAUCAAUGCUUGCUGUCAAAUACCGCAUUAGACAAGAUCACCAAGGUUUACAGCCAUCCACAGGGGUUAGGUCAAACGCAGAAAUGGCUCUCUCAACACGUGCCGAAUGCCAGACGUAUCUCUGUUAAAUCCACCGCCGAAGCCGCUCAGCAAGCAGCACUGGAAACUGGAGCCGCAGCUGUAUGCAGCGAAAUUUGUGCCAGUUUAUACGGAUUAGAAGUCGUGGCUCGCGAUAUUGAAGAUGCAACUGCCAAUACCACCCGAUUCCUUAUUAUCGGUACUUCGAGCGAUAAUGCGACCCUUGACGAUCACACCUUGAUCCGAUUCACCGUCGAUCAUCGUCAACCGGGAGCGUUAUGCGAUGGCUUGAAAGUGUUCAAAGAUCAUCAACUCAAUCUCUUUAAAAUCGAUUCGCGUCCGAGUGGACAGCGACCUUGGCAUUACGUGUUUUUUGUUGAAUGUUCUGGCCAUGCUCAGAACGAAGAGGUACAAAAGGCCGUGAAAGAAUUGAAUCAAUUCUGUUUGGAUGUGGUCGUUCUCGGCAGUUUCCCCAAUCAGCGACCGGAAUAAUACUAGAUAAGGAAUUGAGACCCAAAAAAAAAGAACACAUACGAAGAAGAGUAUGUAAUAAUUCCCCUGGAUGAAUAGAUUGCUCCUUUUAGUCAUAACAGAGAACAUAUCACAGUCAUAUCCCCUUUGUGUUAUUUUUUCAACUGUAUGACCUUUUUUUAUUUUUAUGUAUAAAAGGGAUUUAUCAUAUAAAAUCGUGG